GUCGGUCGUGAAGUAGUUGUUUCUCAAGGCCUUCGUGACUCGGAAAGCCGCGACCCCAAGCGACUGCAAUGGGAGACCAUGCACGCAAGAGGUAUUCCCCACUCGAUCGCCACAGACUCGCGCGUGUGGUCUAUCGUUACAGUCGCUCGCCACUGUUUGUACGACACGAACGCCUUGACCGAAGGCUAGUCGUGAAGGCACAAGUUCACUGUGCAAAGGUUUCGUGAUAAGGCGAUGUUUCAAAGUAUUGUUUAUUUAAUUACUCCACCUUACUCGAUACAACCAAGCACUGCCACCGGACUUGUGGAGUUACUUUUCAAAUUACUGCCGAUUAUCCUCCUGUUUUUCGGUGCAACAACUGCGGAGUGUUUUGUUUUGGGACAACUGACUGCUGGUGGAUUUAACGAAACUGUGAAGCAACGAUGACAGUAAAGGGCAGCGUAGUUGUGGAGGAGAAAAUCCGGCAAAAUGACUAUCUCGGCUUUGCGUGCCUUUCUUUCUUCUUCUGUCCUCUCUUUGGAAUAUUAUCCAUUUGGAAAUCCAGAAAGUGCAAGGCUCGACUUCGUAAAGGAGACGAUAUCAAGGCAGAGCUCUCGGCUCUAAACGCCCUCAAGUGGGGGAUGACGGCAGUUGCAGUCGGUGCUUCCAUCUACUUCAUUGCAAUCGUCUUUGGUAUCUACUACUUAGUAGCGUUUUACUUUGGGGAUGCAGAGUAUCCCUUCAUUGACUUCCAGUGACCGGACUGGCUGUACGGGGGGAUGAUGAUUGGUACAAUGUGGCUGGAUGUGUAUAGAAUGGUGGACUAGCCAUUGAAAGGCACUGGUAAUUGUCAAAAACAGUCUUCUCACUUGGUGUAUCUCAACAUUAUGCAUACAUAAAAAAAGUGAACAUUUAACUCAAUUGGUCGUCGAAGUUGCGGGAGAACAAUGGAAGAACAAAAUCCUUUGUCAGAAAAGUUGUGCGCCCUAGAUGCUUGAAUUCAUUUCAAAAUAUAUUGGUGAGAAAUUAAUUCUUUCUCAAAAAUACACUACAAAGGGAGCCGUUUGUCACA